ACCAGACCAGACCAGUUCCAACCCCCACCAUGACCAGCUGAUCGACAUAGGCCUUGACCGCGACACGACAAACGAUUAUUGCAAACGCCGGGACCUGUUCACUCAUAUACUCGCAGCGUCGUUCGCCAGCCACAUCCUCUCGGCCAAUUCGUCUGCGGCUCUUGAGUCCGUCUCUGCAUCAACUAGUUUCUCUACCCCGCGUCCAGCCUCUCCCUCCUCUCCUUGUCCGCUCUCAGGAGCGCCUUCAAUCACCCAUCAUGGCCUCUCCCUCAGGAUCCUCCCUCCUCCUCGCCCGUUACUACAAAGAUAUGACCAAAGGCCAGGCCGCAAAGGACCUUCCUGGCGUCUCCGUCGGUCUCGUCAAUAGCAACGUCUUCGAGUGGGAGGUCAUGCUCAUGAUCAAUGACGAUUGCAAGUACUAUGGUGGCGGCUUCUUCCGCGCCCGUCUCACCUUCCCGCCAAACUUCCCCGACAUGCCGCCCUCCAUGACGUUCCAGAACCCGAUCCCCUUCCACCCCAACAUCUACCCCGACGGCAAGCUGUGCAUCUCGAUCCUGCACCCGCCAGGCGAGGAUGAGUUCGCGUACGAGGAGGCAUCAGAGAGGUGGAGCUCCGUCCGCAGCCCCGAGAGCAUCCUCGUCAGCGUCCUGAGUCUGUUCCAUAGCCCGAAUACCGAGUCGCCCGCCAAUGUCGAGGCCGGGAGGUUGCUGCGAGAGGAUACCAAGGAGUUCAGGAAAAAGGUGCGCGUGUGCGUGAGGCAGAGUCAGGAGGAGAGUUUUUAA